AUUGAGCAGUUCAGUCCUGUCCAGUUUGUCCUGCGUGUGUGCGUGUCACUCCACAGUAUAUCCGUGCCCCUUUUUGCAUUGAUCUACCCCGACAUAAUUGGGUGGUCCUUUUGCCCUCGUACGUACGAAGUGGUUAAAGUGCGAAAUUAGCGCGCCCAGCAGAAACUAGCAGCAGCAGCAGCAGCAGCAGUGAGUGAUAUCUCCGUGACCGAUAAUUUGGUGUGCCGAGGAAAAGUGGUCUCCGCAGUGAAAAGUCGGAAAAUAUUGGUCGAUUUUUGCAUCGUUACUGGCGACGGAAGUCGAAUUUCGGCAAGAUUAAGCAGUGCGUGCACGAAUUUGGUGGAUUUUUUUUCCUAAAAGGGGUGUUGCUGCCCAAGGAAAAGUGUGACCCAGAAAGGACAGACAUUUUCCACCCGUGUGUGAGAAAAAGGUGAAGAAGGAAGAAAAAAAGUUGGUGUGUGCGAAAUUGUUCCUUUUCCCAGUUGAUUGCCGAAGGAAAAUCGUAGGAGAAGCGGUGCGAGGAAAAGACGAAAUCUAAACCCAAAGCAAGGAAAAUUUAGCCCCAAAAAGAUCAUCGUCGUAGUAACAGACACGACGACGACGACGACGACGACGGCUAGUACAUAAUCAUCGACCCUGGACACGGCGCGUGGGCGGGCAGUUAAUGAGAACAAUCAUCGACACCACCUCACCGACGACCCUUGUGUAAUAGUGUAAUAGCCGCCCGCAAUCUCCCAACCCCCCCUCCAGGAAGAGAAAUAUGAGCAAUGCUGUACGGAGGAGAGCCGGGUUCCCACAGUAAUUAAGUCAUCGCGCGCGCGUGAAUUAGCCGACUAAACGGAGAAGAUCGUGCGAUCGUGUCGUGCUGGACGCUCUGGACGAGUGAGAAUAGUGGAGGUUGUUGGGGUUUGUGUGGGCUUAUUCCAGUGACUGUGGGGUGUUGAGUAGAGUUUGGUCAAAAUUCUCGCCGCACUAGUAGCGACCGAAAUGGCUGCGCAGCCAGUUUGUACCCGGUUUUCGGACAAUUACGAUAUCAAGGAAGAGCUGGGCAAGGGGGCGUUCUCGAUCGUGAAGCGAUGCGUACAGAAGUCGACGGGGUUUGAGUUUGCGGCCAAAAUCAUCAACACAAAGAAGCUCACGUCGCGGGACUUUCAAAAGUUGGAACGGGAGGCGCGGAUAUGCCGCAAGCUGCAGCACCCGAACAUCGUCCGGCUACACGACAGUAUUCAGGAGGAGAACUAUCAUUACCUGGUGUUUGAUCUGGUGACCGGUGGUGAGCUGUUUGAGGAUAUUGUGGCCCGUGAGUUCUACUCGGAGGCGGACGCGUCCCACUGUAUACAGCAGAUCCUGGAGUCUGUGAACCACUGCCACCACAAUGGAGUCGUGCAUCGAGAUCUGAAGCCGGAGAAUCUGCUGCUGGCGAGCAAGGCCAAGGGUGCGGCGGUCAAGCUGGCCGACUUUGGGCUGGCCAUCGAGGUCCAGGGUGACCAGCAGGCAUGGUUCGGAUUCGCCGGCACGCCCGGCUACCUGUCGCCGGAGGUGCUCAAAAAGGAACCGUACGGCAAGGCCGUCGACAUCUGGGCCUGCGGCGUUAUCCUGUACAUUCUACUCGUAGGUUAUCCGCCCUUCUGGGACGAGGACCAGCACCGGCUGUACGUGCAGAUCAAGGCCGGCACGUACGACUACCCCUCCCCCGAGUGGGACACGGUUACGCCCGAGGCGAAAAACCUCAUCAACCAAAUGUUAACAGUUAACCCCUACAAGCGAAUCACCGCCGCCGAAGCACUGAAGCACCCCUGGAUCUGCCAGCGCGAGCGCGUUGCCUCCGUCGUGCACCGACAGGAAACGGUCGACUGCUUGAAGAAGUUCAACGCCCGGCGCAAGCUCAAGGGCGCCAUCCUGACCACGAUGCUCGCCACCCGCAACUUCUCCAGCAAGAGCAUAAUGGCCAAAAAGGGCGACGGCUCCCAGGUCAAAGAGUCCACCGACUCGUCCAGCACCACCGUCGAGGACGACGACUGCAAGGCGCGCCGCCAGGAGAUCAUCAAGAUCACCGAACAGCUCAUCGAGGCCAUCAACAACGGGGACUUUGAGACGUACACCAAGAUCUGCGACCCGCACCUGACCGCGUUCGAGCCGGAAGCCCUCGGCAACCUGAUCGAGGGCAUGGACUUUCACAAGUUCAACUUCGAGAACGUGCUCGGCAAGAGCAACAAGGCCAUCAACACGACGAUCCUGAACCCGCACGUGCACAUCUUCGGCGAGGACACCGCCUGCAUCGCGUACGUCCGGCUCACGCAGUACGUCGACAAGCAGGGACACCCGCACACGGUGCAAACCGAGGAGACCCGGGUAUGGCACAAAAAGGACAACAAGUGGCAGAACGUGCACUUCCACGGUAGCCGCAACGGCAGCUUCAGCAACACCGCGACGCAGUACGACUUUGUGAACCACAAGUAAGCGGGCGGCUGGCGUGAAACUUAAGAGAGAAAAAAAAUCAGAAAGAAAUAUGCUUGUUCGUUACAAAUAACUUAAUAAAGAAAAACACACUAGUUUAACGAUUCUAAUAUCAUUGUAACCAAAAAAAACCGCAGUAAUGGCAAAGCGGCGCGGCGUCUCAAAACUAUUGUGAGCGGAAAGGAGUCAUUCGUGGGCGCUUAGCUUAAAUUUUAAGCCAAUAACGCCUGAAUGCAUGCUUCUUCAUGACAAUGAAUUCAGGCGUUUAUUGUUGCUUGUUCAUUUGACAGAUUGACUGAUUGACAGACUACUUACUCUGAUUUUUUGCCAGGUUUACCGCUCCAACUUCACUAGUACUUACCGGUAAUUCUGCAUGUCUUCAAAUUCUCUUCAAAAAGAGCAACAAGUACCUCAACGCUGAAGUCCGUAAUUGAGAGCAGUUGUUCUCGAGAGCAGUUGUUUUGGCGUUUAUUUUUGACAGGUUAGCUGAAAUCUGGAGCGAAUAACGCCAAAAUUCAUACUGUUUGAAUGGAUUGAAGUCCGUUGUUGAUUAAAACUAGUAACGUAAGAUUUGCACCUUUUCGAAUAACAAACUUCCGAUAUUAUUCUGGUUCUUAGCGUACAAUUUGAUAAACUUAAUUCAAAAGCUACCCUAAAUAAACAUGAAUUUGAAAAACUAGGAUUGCACAUUUGGCAGAAAAUCCACUGGCACGUGUUGUCUUUCCCGUUGAUGUCAUGGGUUGCUAAGGUGGGGUCGCAUCUUUCAGAUUAAUCAGCAUAGUGAAAGCUUGACUGGUAGACAGAACACUUCCCGUGACUUUCCGCAAUGUUGACUCACUUUUAAUAAGUACUUACCAGACAUGCAGCAAUCUUCAAGAAAAUGUCAAAACAAACAAGUAGGCGGUUGCUCUCAUUGGCCUCAACCAAUGAAGUGGAUUCCGAAAUCCAUGUGUUCACAAAACCUGUGACUUUCAAUUGUGACAGCUGAAAUCUGGAGUCCAUAACGCCUGAAUUUAUACUACUGAAACUCUUUCAGAUGUGUGUUGUUGAUUUCUAUUGACAGAUUGGCUGAUUGACAAAUAGCUUACCUUGACGUUUCUCAGCUUUGCCUCUCGAAUUACACAAGUACUUACCAGAAAUUCAGAAAUCUUGAGGCAAAUAUCAAAAAACAAGCAAUGAGUGCCUCAACACUCAUGCGCAGUUGAAGAUGUUUAUUCUCUUGAUCUCAACCAAUUUUCGAUUUAAAAAAACGACCUCUGUAUCAUCGAGGGCAGUUGUUUUCAUGAGCAAAAUUACAAUAAUUUUGAUAACAAAACCAACUUGAUCUAAACAUCACGAAUGACAGUUUUCCGCCAACAAUAGUCGAAAUUUGAAAAACCGCGCACCGCAAAAAAAUCAAUCCGAGAGACGUGAAGCUUUUAAAUACAAAAACACUCCCAAAAAGAAGCAGCAAAACUGUAACUGGAAAAAACCAACUAAUUGCGCGCACUUGAGCAAGAAGCGUAUUUUCCUAGAAAGUAUGUUGAACAAUUUUAAGCAACAAAAAAAAAGAAGAAGAAAAGAAACACACACUCACACACAUUGAACAACAACACAUUUUUUGUCGGUGAAAGAUCGGAUCUCUUUAAAAAGAAAAACAAAAAAAAAAGGUUUGAAGAGAGAGAAGAGAAAACCUAUUGAAGUGGAGUAUAAACAACCAAGUUUUGCAAUUUUUUAUGAAACAAAUUCAAAGAAAACAAGCAAAGAACGGCGUUCUAGGGUUAUAUAAAAGUUAUUAAUGAGACAACAAGAAAAAAAUGAAGGAAAGCAUGUUUAAAGCAUCAAAUUUCACUCACACAGUGACAGUUUCGUAACUCUCCCGUUUUUUCCAAGUAUAUAUUUCUCAAGUUCUCUCUAUUAUUCAUGUUUUAAAGAAACAAAACGAAAAAAAUAAAAAGAACCUAAAUCAAGUAUUCAAGGUGCGAAUAAGACGAAGAAAAAGCAAAACAACAACAACAACCAAAAAAAACCAAUCAAGUGGCACUCACUCACACUCACGCACGCAAAUCUACUACUACUGCUAAAAAAAAAACAAAUUGUGCUCGUCAACAACCUUGACAAAAACUUCGACUAAAGCGCCAACGCGAGCGACAGGCUCUCUGUCAUAUUCUCUCUCUCUUUUUCUAGAACACUUAACAAACAAUCCAGCAAAACAAAAGAGAGAACGCAAUAAAACAAAUUUAUUACAAAAGAAUAAAAAAACGCAUAACUAUCGUUAGUGCUGUGCUAUUCGAAAGAAUAUUAAAAACAUAGAGAAAACCAAAAAGUGAAAAGACAAAGAAGAAAUCACGAACACACACACACUAACAUACAGUAACAACAGCGUGCCGAUUAGUUGUAUGUAGUGAGUGCGAGCCUAAAACAAUAGACGCAGCAGCAGCAUCAACAACCACACUUACACACACAACUCACAAAUACACACACUCAGACAAAAGUUGCUGAAAAAUAGUAAAAGAGAAAGAAAAGAGAGGUUGAAGGGGCUUAAAAACGUCGCAUCUAUGCUCUAAAUCGUCGCCAUAUUAGAUAGAAAACGUUUAUACACAUACUUAAAGGAAGGAAGAAAGGGAAACGUCACCUAAAAGAAAUAUUUUACACACAACACAGACACACACGCGCGCAUUCUUGUAACAUACGGCAACAUCACCAACAGCAAAAGAACACACACACAAACGUCACGCGCGUCACAAUUGUUCACCUCUUUUUAAGUCACGUGUGUUCGGGCUAAAUAUCGACCAUCUCUCUUACUACCUACUCUCUGUAUAGUUUGUUGGUUCGUGUAGUGUGGAAACAAAAAAAAAACAAGAGUUCCGGGUUCGAAACCCGGUGAUUGACCAAAUUUAGGCUAGAUUUUGAACGAAGACUGCGACUGAUUUGUUUGAAGCUGCGGAAGACAAUUGUUUGCGUGUGGUUUCGCAAUCCUGCGCCGAAACGGGGAGUGGGCGCCACUUGUCAGUUUGACAGCUGUCAGCUUGACAGUGGUGACGCGGCGCUGACAUUUCUAAAAGUGCCAUUGUUUUUUGCAUUCAAACUUUUCGGCACCCUCCGAAAACGUCAAACGAGUCCAGAGCUGCUGCCGGAUCUUAUUCCGGAUCUCUUCCGGAAAAUGUCCGAUGACGCAUUGUUUAGAUUGGCGUUGAAGAGUAGAGUCGAAAAAUGUAAACAAAGCACUUCUUGCAUCAGCUGAUGCACGAAGUGAUUUGUUUACCCUUUUUCGGCACCCUCAGCAAACGACAAACCAUACAAAAUUGUUGCCGGAUCUUUUCUGAAGAGAUACGGAAAAAGAUCCGGCAGCAAUUUGUACUGAUUUGACGAUUGCCGAGGAUGCCGAAAAGUUUGUUGUUACUGUUUGCAAAAGACAUUCAACGCUGUUUGAAAAGUUGGCGUCUAACUGUCAGCUUGACAGCGACAGCUGUCAAUUUGACAGCUACCCCAAUGAGCCACACUGGCGUAAAUCAACGUGUUGAAUUUCAACGCUUUAAAUUUGAAUCUGACAAUGCCGCGUACAAAUCGAUUCCAAUUUGCCAGAACCGGAAGCCGUUCAGCGUCAACUUUUGAACUUUGGCUCGCGGCAACAAGUUUUGCCUAUUCAUGAGCUCGUUUGAUUUUUAAAUUGCGCCUCUCUCCUCGUGGAUUUAAGGAGAUUCCCCCACCAGAAACCACACCGCACACACACAGACACAGAUCGAUGUUGCAUCCCCCUUGUAGCGUCGACGGAAUAAAGAAACGUAGGAAAUCCGGAUGAGGAGGGCAGGGGUAACGUUUUGACCUUAUUCUUCCGCAAAGAGCUUUCAGCCAUAUUUGACAGUUUAGUUCGCCUCGUUCCCUUACUAACAAAUCCCUUGAAAAGGAGCAAAAAAAAAAACAAAUCGGUCCUACUAAAUAUACACAAAUCGUAGCGCGGAAAAAGAAGAAUAUCAAAAAGAUUAAACGACGCUUGACAGCUGGGAAAAACAAGCAAGAAAAGAUGUAAAAUCAAAGCGAUAGGAGGAGAUCAUCGAAGCGAGGGCUUGGAGAAACAUAACCAACAAAAACAAAACAAAGCAACCCUAGACAAACAGUAUCAAUCAAGGAAGAAGCGGCGGGUCUUUGUGUCCCUUUUUUUCUCUCCCAAACCAUUGUACGUCGCCGAGUUGAGGUUAUGGCCCGGGUUGAUCCAACCAAAUCCUGCCCCAAAUUUGCUCGAAUCAUCAUUAUCGUCGUCGUUGCAACCAAUAUUAGUCUGCUCAGCACGCUGGAGAGGACACUUUUAUGUGACAUGUACGUACACGGUGGCAGGGGGCGAACGGGGAGGCCCAUAAACCCCCAACGUUCUUCGCAGCCUACUGCGAUGCGGUCCCUUCGCCUUCGCCCCCCCUCCUCACCGAAUGAUGGUCAGUUCAAAUUUCCUGCACGGUUAGAAAAUGUCCACCCUGUUUGACAGCUCUUCUUCGCAAACUUGUGCCGCAGAACGCAGAAGGUUGUGUGUGCAAUUCAAUUAUCCUGACGGGGACCGACCUGGUGCAGGGCACCGCCACACAAUCCGGAUAUGAUUAGGUCCGGUCGGGUGAUUGGAACGGACCUUUCUGGUCAGCGGACUCCGCUUUUUGAACGGCAGCCAUUUUGCUAGUCGUGUCACCCCUCGCGCAGCGUUUUUGACAGUUGAGAGACCGUGCUGCCAGUUUUUCGUUUUCAAUUGGAACGGGGGGUAGCUCAAACGAAAAUUCCGACGGAUUAGGAGUGUAGAGGGUAGGACGAUCUAAUCAAGUGUCAAGCUCAGAUUGAACAUGAUAAAUAUUGGCAGAAUGUCGUCGUCAUCGUUCGGAGGAACGGUCCAGCCGGCCGCCGCCGGCUGGGAUGAGUGAUGACAAGGAUGAAGGCAGAAGGAAGAGACUCCGGAUGAUGAAGAAGUAAAUAAGUUAACGAGUAUUGACGGAAUUCAAUGAUAUCGCCGACGGUGCGUCGUCGUUCGGUUCGAUUCGGUAGGAAAAGCAAAACGAAGAAAAAGAAGAAGUUAUCAAAGAAGUGCUCCCAGUUUAAGAAUUUAUAAUCGAGAGCCGUCGUCGAUUUCCCGGGAAACUUCGGAUGAAUAUCAAUCUUAAGUAGCCAAGUCGGCUUGGGAAAAACAGCCGAGGACGGAAGCCAGGACACCAGGACGGGCCUAAAUCAAAUUUUAAUGGUGUCAAAUCACGUGGCAAAGGAUGGACGAAAAAAAGGAAUCGACACUCACCUCUUCCUCGCCGGAACUUGGUGACCGAGGUCGCGCUGGCUUCUCCCUCCUGCUGCUGUGAGCGCCAUAUCCGCGGGACCAUAAAUGAUUUAUGUUUCCUCUCGAGAGUCCGGGGACACCAAAAAAAAAACGGAUAUCUUCGCAAGACAGCGCCACGCCGGGUCACAGCUGCGUGAGUCACCAACCGACCGACCAGCAGGACCAUAAAUUUUCCCCCGGGGGGCUCAACCAGCCACGACGACGACGACGACGACGACGGGAAAAGAACAAACUUUGCCUCGUGGGGUCGAACACGGCUAUUCCAUUAAAGCUGUUGGGUUGGACCGUCCCAGACAACGUGGCGGGAUUGGUGAAGGUUCUUGGGUUUGUGUUGUGCUUUUUUUUUCGCGUGCACUGGCAGUGCGAGGUACAUCGUCGUAAACAAUACCGCCGGUUGGUCGUUUCACGCAAAAUUGAAUUGAAAAUUGGUGUUGACUGCGCUGGUGCGAUUGGGGUGGGAGUUGUUCCGGGUUGGGUUGGGGUCUGUAAGAGGAGAAAAGAAGGGGAAAACACUAGAUAAAUAUCGAUGGAGGAUUUACUUUGCGGGAUGGAAAUUUUUUAAAAAAAAAACUGGACUUAAAGUUGCAUUUGAAAUUAAAGUUGAAUUCAAAGAUUGGAAACAGAUUGCUCAAGAUUCUUUCCUUCACUCGCAAGCAAAAAUCGGACACGACGCAAAUCUGCUCUCAUGAACUCCUACCAUUUGUCACAAUAACAUCAAUCACUACUGAAUACUCUCUCUUCAACUCUUCCUCUCUUACUAUAAUCGGUUGGUUUGCGAUUGGCUCAGACAGGAUCGCGAUUUUUUUCUGUUUACACAACAUCAAAGCCACAUUUGACAGCAACUUCAACUUUUAAAAAAUCAAAUUGACGGCCACAGUGGUGGUGCAGGCCAAGCUCCUCUCUGAGCAUGCUCGUCAGUGUGAGUGUCGGGCGGCGAGCGAAGUAGGCCAUGCGAUCCACGAAGCAUUUGAAUAGCUGUGUGAAGCGAUCGGACCAAUCACUGACUGAUGCUUGCGAAUCAUGGUAGCUCACGAUCGAUUGCGGCAGGAAGAUUCGAGCGAUUUGAUCGGAAAUUAGUGAGUGAUUUCUGAUUUUUCGAGUUCAGUGUUUUGGACGUCUAAUUUUUACUGCUUUAAAAAUUUUCAGGGAAACGGGAAAAAACAUUUUUGAAAUCCCGGAAAUUCCCGGGAAUCUGCGCAGUUGAUUUUGACACUAAAAUCGAACACUAAAUUUGCAAAACAAGUUGAGAGCUACAAUAUUCAAACAUGCUUGAUUGAAAAGAAAACUGAAAAACGAGUCAUAUUAACUCAAGAUUUUGAAUAAAAUUUACUGAAUCAAAAUUUGCCCAGAUCAAAGUGUAUUUGGAUGAAUAUUUGAAUAAAAAAUAUUCAUAUUUGGGAAGGGUUCAUUCAAAUAAAAUUGAUUGAUAAUAUACCCUAAUUUGAGUUAUGGAAUGGGUAGAUUCAUUUCCAGUAAAAAAAUCAUGGCAAUUUUACAUCAGGGAAGGGGUAAAUUUUAUAUGCCAGAAAAAUGUGUAACUUUACCUCUAAAAAUGUGUAAUUUUACCACUUUUCGAGUGAAAUAUAACUUUUUAUAGUCUAAAUGGAAGUAAAAUUACAUCAGAAAGAGGAUAUAUUCAACCUUCUAGAAUAACACAUACAAAAGUUAAACAAUUUUUUACUGUGUAGAAAACCAAUUGACAAAUUUUAAGAUAUCCUAGAUCUACAGGAACAAGUCUGGAGUUUUUUUUUUUGAAAAGGUCCAAUAAACCAAAUUUUCAGUUUUUGCUUUUUGGGUGUUUUUUAAUACCCCUGAUUCAAUGGGGUUUCAAAAACACCCGAAAAGCAAAAACUAUAAAUUUGGUUUAUUGGACCUUUUCAAAAAAACUCCAGAAGUUGAAGUAUCAUAUCAAAACUCCAUUAUUUCCACUCAUUUUUCGUCAAAACUACAUAGUUAAAAAUACACAGUAAAAAAUAAUUUAAUUAUUGCAGGUGUAAUUUUGGAAGGUUAAAUAUUACCUCUUUUAUGAUGUAAUUUUACCUAAAUUUAGACUGAAAAAGUGACAUUACAGCAGAAAAGUGUUAAAAUUACUCAUAAAAGAUGUAUCCUUUCCAGAUGUAAUAUUACCACGAUUUUUUUACUGUGUAUGUAAACAUGGAAGGUAUGAAAUUAGUAAGUUUAAUAUAACCUCUUUUAUGAUGUAAUUUUACACUAAUUAUAGUGCAAGAAUUAAAAUAACACAUAAUCAGAGGUAAAAUAGAAUAAAAAUAUUACACAUUUUUUGAAAAAAGACAUUUGGGGAUGGCUACAAUUUCCUCUGAACUAUUGACAGAAAAGAUGUACCCAAUCCAUGAUGUAAUUUUUAUCUCAGGAAAUGUGCAAUAUAACACAAUUUGUGUAUUUUUACCUGUUAUAAUGUGUAAUCUAUUUAUUUUUAACUAUGAAAAAGAGGUUACAUAAAACCAUUCAAAUUCACAAUUUUUUUGCUGUGUAACUAAACUACACAUAAAAAUACGUGUGAAUUUACUCGACACGGAAUUAUGCAUCACAUAUAAACUCGGUUCAAAUUCACUGUAAUUGGAGCCUGACAUUUCAAAAGGGCACAAAACUUUUGUAAACAAUUGUGUAUCCCUUUCACUCAAAUGACAGUUUGCAUAAGGCGUGAGAGGGAUACACUCUUGUUUGCAAAAGUUGUGUGCCCUAAUGAAAUGGAAAGCGCGAAUUGUCUGAAUCACACGUAGAGUCAUAUUUCCACGUAUGGUUUGUUUCAAAUUUACAUCAAACUGCAUGACAAAUUUAAAUGUUUAUCGACGUGCAAAAGAUUUACAUCAUUUAUGAGUAACAUUCGGAUUUGUUUUUUUUUCUGUGUUAACCUUCUCAACAGUAAGUUACACAGGUAGAACAAAUAAUGAUAAAAUCUGGGAAUUUGAGCGAAUUUUUGUAUCAUAAAAAAAUGUGUAACAUUGUAUAAAUAAAUUUUACAAGUUUUUGUGGAAUUUAACUUAAUUCACAUAAAUUGAGGUAAAAUUACAACCGAAGAGAAGUAAUAUUCAACCAUCACCAUCAUAACCUCUGCUCGAGAUUUCGUAAAUGGCUAUAAAAAUGCUGGGAAAAUCAAUUCAAUUUUCAAUGACAAGCCCCCAAAAAAAAGAGUAAAAAAAUGAUUCAAAACUCAGAGUUGAAUAUUCUAGAAGAACGAACGUGUUUUCCACAUAAUUGACGUAAAAUUACAUCACAUUGCACGAUUGCAAAUUCUUCAAAAUUUACCUUGAUUUAAGUUCAUCCUCACUCUGGUGAAAUUCAUCGCAGACAAGGUAAAAAAAUGUAACGAACGAGAAUGUUAACUGCUUUUGUGUCAGAAAAAAAUGUGCAUUACUUCCUCUGCAAAUGUGUAAAUUUACAUCCAGUAAUAUUGAGCCCUCCGUUUACCUUCUAAAUUAAGGUAACCUAAAUUUUUUUUCUGCUUUGUAGAAAAAAACACAAUGCAAAAAAGUUGAAUUUUGGAAGGUUGAAAAUGAAAUGUUUGAAAAAGUCCUUCUUUUUUGUGUAAAUUUACCUGAAUUAAUGCGUCAAAAAGUGAACUUCAAGAGAAUCUAAAGGAAAUUUUGCCAGGUGCUGAUGUUAAAUUGCACUUCUUUUACGCAAUUUUUUUCAAGAAUUCAAACACAGUCACUUGACUCUCGUCAGAAAAAAAACAUUCGCACAAAGCACGUUCGUUUGGCAUUCUAUCGAAAUUCCGAUCACCUUUCCAAGGACUGCAUUCAAAUGAUUGCUGUCACCACGCACGAGCAACAAAGAGAGAGAUUGAGAGAGAAAGUAAGUGAGAGAAUAUGCCCUCGUGCCGGGCGGCUGCUUGAGUGCUGAGCACGGUUGCGUUCGUUUCGACUUUGUGUGCGUUCAUUGACGGUCGCUUUGAAAUGACGAUCAUGGCAGGCGCUGCAAUUUGAGCGUUCAAAUAUGGAGUACGAUAGCUGACUAAAGGCACUUUCAAGUGUCGCUCAGUCACUGUCAAUGUCAAACCCUGCUUGUAUGUGAUGAAUAAAAAAAUAAACCAACAUAAACUUGUUGGAGUUAAAAAUGACGUACAUUCAGAUGUUGAAGAAAUGGUGGAAAAUUGAUCAAGCUUGAGUUCAUCACUGUUGAAUUGAGUUUAACUUUACAGUGACUUAGAAUGAACAUAACUCUUUGGAAUUUGGUUCACUAUCAGUGUUGCUAGAAAUUUUUAGAUUUUCAACCAAUCAAAAUGGAGACGCCCGGUGCCCCCUCCAAACUUAAUGAAGCAUUCAAAGUUGAUAUCUCCUUAUCGAAUAUCGAGCCGCAAGAGUUUGCGAACGUAAUAAAUUACGUUCCCCCCUCCUCUCACUCGAUUUAUGAAAACGAGACUACAACAAAUUGUCCCCUCUUCCCCAGCCCCAUUUUGUUCCAUCCCUUCCGGCGCAAACUACCGGGAAACAACUCGAAACCUUGUCCUCCCCACCCCUUAAACCAACCAUCUUAAAAUUGAUUACCUCGCCGCCCCCCCGUUGAUCCCUGCGACGACGCAAAAUGAUUGAUUUUUCAAGGGUUUACUCGAAAAUCCAAUAUCGCUAGCCCGCGAGCAACUCCCUCUCUAUCUCUGAACAACUCGACGACGACGACGACGACGACUGACAUUAAUAAAUCGCUGCCGCGGUUCACCACCUUUCCACCGCCACACUGAAGAAAGUUUGGAGUUUGAAAAUUUGUUUGAGGUAGAAAAAGCUUUAAUACCGAAAAAUGUUAAAAGACCACAAAUCACAGACUGAUUGCCACCAAGACAAGUUUUUGAAUCGAAUUAUCUAGUUUAUGCGUGUAGAAAACAAAAGUUUCUUUUAAAAAAAAAAACAAUAAAAUUGGCAUCACUGCAAAGCAUUGCGAGAGGCUGCUCUCGCGCUUGCCGCUCUCUCUGCUUUGCACUCUCUCCUUUUUGUGCGACACUCCGCACGCAGUGACGUCACGAGUUGACAUCUUUCGCAGCAGAAGCGCGCGUGAGCGCGAGAAAAGUCUAGCAAAAGUCUGCAAGCGCGCGCGUGCAGAUCUUUCGGCUAACUACUACCAAGGGUACGACAACGAUAAAAACAAAUCGAUUCGCGCUUGCGACCGGGGGCAAGUUACGUCAGUUUAGUUGGAUGACUUUUUUUGUUACUUCGUGCGUGACAAAAAAAAUCAGAAUGAGCCUGCAAGAACCGUGCAAAAUGACCGCCAGGGGGGUCAGAACACGCCGGAGAAGGUGCAUUUGAAAAAUUUAGAGCAAAUUGCGGCCGACGAUUUAAAUUUUAAAUGACAACAUUACACACACGUGUGUCUGUCCGCUACCUUCACAAACAAAUGGGAUGGAAGGGGAGAAAAAAAACGACCCCAGGAAUAAUUCCCCGUGAUUACCAGGUGCAAUAACAUUGGAAGUCGGCAAAAUGGCACGACUUGGUCGUCCACGUUCUAUGUUCUAUUCUUAGCCGGACAGGUGCUCUCGCAUUUAAAUAAUGCAUGGGUGGAGAGAAAGGAGGAGGUUCGAUUUGUUGUGUAACUUUGUGAUGGGUUUUCUAGGCGCGCGCGCGCACAGACAAAUGAAGUUUGCUGGCAGCACUGCCGAUUAGGAAUUUAGCGCAAAGUGAGUCAUCUUCAAAGGGGAAAUUUAAUUGGAUGCAAUCUUGCAUGAAAUUAUCGAAUCGAAAUUGGCGCUAGAGUGCACUGGUGUGCAAUAAUUGCAGAGCGUGUUAGUGUUGGCUUGAAAAAACAGAUGGCGACGUGGCUUGGAAAUUAAUUCCAACAGUAAUGUGAAAAAAAUUCAAUUUCCCAUGGGCAGAUGUUGUAAAAUUACGCUGCGACGAUAAUCGAAUUUUCAACAGGGGUUAUUCCCGGAAAACCGCCAAUAAAUUACGUACAAUUCGUUUGUCUGUGAAGUUCCGCAAAUGGCCCUUUUCUCGUCAACUCCCAAUGAUCGUAAAACCAUUCGGUUUAACGAAACGAAGAACGAAUGCUGCUAACUUUUAUGGCCGCCAAAACAAUAAAUAUGGCUACCGCUCACGCGUGUACAAGGAAAACACAGUCACACACACACACACAUACUCACAACAACAACUCUACAAAAUGGCAACGAACGAAUAACAACCAAAAACCAAAUAACAAUCAGAAACAGUAUAGAGAAUGUGCCAAACGAUACACAUGGUUAUUGUUUAUGCCCUCAUCCCUUUCCCCCUUUCCCCCCUCUCUCUUUUCACUUCAUUACACCUUUGUUUGUGUGUGUGUGUGCCCUUAAGGUCGAUUUGCUGCCCGUUUCACCUUAACCCCGACCAUGAAAACCAAAACCAUAAAAAAUAACCCCUUUUCCGAUAAUCGUGUGUCAUGAAUAGUGUUUUCAUGGCAAAGUGACAGCCGGGAACUUGUCACACUCACACACACACACAUAGAGCGCAGUAGGCUGUACGCGAGAGAGCGCGCAUUUGUUUUGUUAUUGUUACCGCUAUUGUUUUUGUUUACCUUAAAAAAGGCGAAUUUUGCUUUUUGCCAACUUAAUUCUUUAAACUGUUUUAGUCUAAUGAUGUCACUUUGACAGAGCUUUACGUUUAUUGUUGAUCGAAACGAAAGUAUCACGCUGGAAACGGAAACGAAAAGUAAACAAAACAACAUUACACAAACACAUGUGUCGUGAUGAACGAGUAAGAAUGUAAACAAAACAAAACUAAUAGUGCACCACUUAUAAUUCUCCAUUGUUCGCACUUUUCCUCCCUUUGAAAAAAAAACAAAACAAAAGCUCUUAAUAUACACUCAUACAAAACACAGCGCGGCAGCGCUCGCAUCCCCUCACACUAACACAAUCACAAAAAGAAGAGAAAACAACUUUUUUCCUCACCGCAGUAAAAUAUAAAGUAAUGAAAAAUCCCUCCUCUAAGAAUUUAACAAGCAAGCAAGCACGGGAAAACGUCAAAUCAACCGCAAAACCAACUUAAACCUGCUGAACGAAAGAAAAAAAAACAGAAACGGUAAUGCAAAAGAUCUCUUAAAUAAAUAUAUUUUUGAAUAUUCGUUUUUGACCUUGUACGAGAUGGAAUCACUUGUUAUUAUAUGCAGUUAAACAACAAACCCCAACCAAACAAACAAAGAAAACGAGAGGCGCCCUCAACAAGAGUUAACUCACACAUCAAUCAGUAGGCGCAGACAUUCACUCUCUCACCAAUACAUUCAAACAGACUCACCCACAAUUUACGCAAAGCAGCUGUCUCUCUUUCUCUUGAUUAUUCAAUCGUGUUUGAAGAAGAAAAGUUACUCACACUGACAUGCUAACACACACACACUAACACAUUCAACACACACACAAACACACACUUUUUCCCGUCGUAUUUUAUCCUUUUUAAAACAAUGAAAACUUUAAAGAAAUCGAAUUGUCGUUCUCGCAACGCAUCGCGCAGAGAAAGAAAGAAAAAAACAAAGUAACCCAAGAUUGAAUUUAUUGAAACUUUAAAUCAAAUUUAAGCAACCCAAGGUGGAAACUGUUGAGAGACGAAAGAAAGAAAAGAAAAAAAAGUAUAAACACAAAUUACAUCUAGCAUUUUUUUUAUUUUUAAACGUGACCAUAUAUAACAAGUAACAACACUAAAAAAAGAAUAUUUAUAUGUAAAAGUGCGUGCAUUUGUAUUUGUAUUUUGUCUCUUUGAAUGAAAAAAAAAAUCUUAAAUAAUAUAAAGCAAAACCACACACUCACACACACACAGAUAGAAAUCAGAAUUGUGAAAAUAAAAAAAACUAUUUAAAGCAGAAGGCGAAAGUGCAGAAGAGAGCGCAGAGUGGUGUAACUAGUGAAAUACCAAAAAAAGAUAAAAUAAUUCAGAAGAAUCAGCAAAUAAACAACCAUACAAACACAAAAACACACACAGACACAUUCUCUCUAUCUUUCAUCGUAAGCAUAACAUAGACGAAAAAAAAGUAAAACAAUGGAAUAGAAACAAAAGUAAAACAAGCAAAACCAAACAAAUGAAAAAAAAAAACAAGAAAUCACCCUCAUGAAAGCAAAAACCCACAUUAAAAAUCACACAACCACACAGCAAACAUGCCCAUUUACCCCAAAGUGUGUGUGAACGUGAAAAUCAAGCAAAAACAAAAACAGAAAUCUCGCAAUUUUAGCAAUGACCUACAACAACACACACGCAAAAAAAAGAAACAUCAGUAACGAAGCAAAACAACAUCAGCACACACCGAAACACACACACACAUCAGAUGGGAGGGAGAAGAAGGAAGGUUAAAAACGGGCGAAUCGAGUGAGUAAACAAACAACAACAACAACAAGCGAGCAUAUAAUGUCGGAGCAAACAAAAGCAAAAUAAAAAAAAAUAAGUGUGGAAAUGUGGGAAAAGAAAGAAAGCAAAAAGAAGAUGAGGAAACAUAACAAGAGCAAACAAAAACUGAAAAUCUCAGAUCACUUAAGGACGAAUAGUCAACACACACACACACACAUACAUACACACACACAUAAUAUUAAAUUUAAUAUUAAAUUAUAUAUAAACAUGGAAGGAAAAAAAAAACAAAGAAAAAAGCAAGAAAAUGCAGAAAAUAUUUAAGAGUAAAUUGUUUAAUCUAGUCUUCAAAGGUAAUUAAAAUUAAAGUAAAA